AGCUGUGAUCUCAGCCGGAGUGUUUCAGAGGCAGAAGCUUGGGAGGAGAAUUUGCCUGAGACAAGUUGCUUCCUUUAUAGUCUCAUGUCUGGAUGGGCUAUUAGCUUCGCGUGAUCUUGGACUUUACAGACCAAUUAAACGUCAUUUGACAAUACAGGUGGCCAGUUACAAAGUUUCCUGGGAUAAGACUGAAAUCAUCACAUUUGCUGGGAUUCACAACAAACUUCAGCAUGGGAGCUGUCAGUCUGAGAUUUACUGUUCUGUUGGUUUUAACUGGAAUUGCUAUAAGCAGCAGUGUUGAAGAAUAUUACCAUAAUCGGACUGAUGCCAAUGGAGAGAUGAGAAAUUGGACUUUCUCUAGGAGAAGGCCAAAUAUAACCUUUGAAAUGUGCCCUGAAAGGACCAAAAUCAGCCAUGUCUUUAAAUAUAUGAACACUAUCUUAUCUUGUGCUAUUUUUAUUGUUGGACUGGUUGGAAAUGCCACUCUGCUAAGAAUAAUCUACCAGAACAAGUGUAUGAGGAAUGGACCAAAUGCCUUGAUAGCUAGUCUGGCACUAGGAGACCUUAUCUACAUUGUCAUUGAUAUCCCUAUCGUUGUGUUUAAGCUUCUAGCCCAGAGAUGGCCCUUUGAGCACGCACCUAUGGGAGCAGUUCUUUGCAAGCUAGUUCCAUUCAUACAGAAGGCAUCUGUGGGGAUAACCGUACUGAAUUUGUGUGCCCUGAGCGUGGACAGGUACAGAGCGGUAGCAUCCUGGAGCCGUGUCCAAGGAAAUGGAAUCCCCUUAAUUACAGCAAUUGAGAUAAUCUCCAUUUGGGUUCUCUCUUUCUUCUUGGCAAUUCCAGAGGCAUUAGGUUUUACCAUGGUAAAGUUUGAUUACCGAGGUGAAUCCCAUGCGACUUGCAUGUUCAAUGCUACAACAUCAUUUCUGAUGUUUUACAAAAAUGUGAAGGACUGGUGGCUGUUUGGUUUUUAUUUCUGUGUGCCCCUGGCGUGUACGGGAGUGUUUUAUACUCUAAUGACCUGUGAAAUGUUGCACCAAAGGAAAGGAAGUCUGAGGAUCGCACUCAGCGAACAUCUGAAACAGCGUCGAGAAGUUGCAAAGACUGUCUUCUGUCUGGUAGUUAUAUUCGCACUUUGCUGGUUUCCUCUGCAUCUUAGUCGCAUAAUUAAGAAAACCGUGUACAACGAGAGGGAUGUAGGCCGUUGUGAACUGCUAAGUUUUCUUUUGGUGAUGGAUUUCGUCAGUAUCAAUCUAGCGGCACUAAAUUCCUGCAUAAACCCAAUAGCUCUCUACUUUGUGAGCAAGAAGUUUAAAAACUGUUUCCAGUCUUGCCUUUGUUGUUGCUGCCAAUCCAAGCCCAGCAAUAACUCCGCUCCGAUGAAUGUAACCAGCAUCCAGUGGAAAAACCAUGAUCAGAAUUACUAUGUUGCUGACAGGAGCAUCCUCAAGGACAGCCUUAACUAACUACACUUUUGAACAUUAAAAAGACAAUUAGUCACAUCAAUAGUGGCUACCCCUACAGGAAAUCCAUUGAGUGUCUCACAGAACAAGAUAAACACAACAAGCAGAUUUCUUUUGUUGUCUGAUUCAUUUACGAGGCUAUUUGACUGGAUUCUCUGCAAAUGUGAGCUCCACAAAACCUGUAAUAUUUUGACUGUAAUACAGUCUUUCAGUUUAAAACACAGCACUGUGCAUAACUGAACUAUUGCUCUACGGACUUUCCAGGCAUUAAUGAGAUGUUGAAACCUCUGGCAUGCAAUCACCAUUUUCACUGUAAAUCAUUUUGAAAUAUUGAAGUCCCCACAUGACGGAACUUACAGAACUGUUAACUCCCUGUACUCAAGUCAAAUGAAGCAUCAAAUGUCAUUGGAUUUUUUGAAAAAGGAGGUUUUAGGGUACAAGGAAAACCUGUACUGCUAUUUAAUGGAAAAAAAUAUAUAUAUAAAUUUAUAAUACAGUUGUAUAAAAACAUAUUUACAUCCAACGUGAUGGUUUCCCUUACAUAUGUUUGAUUAUGAGAGUAUAAGUAUGAGAUAUUAUAUUGUAGCAUGUGCAGUACUAACUUUUUUCUAAUGCUAUAAAGUUUCAGGCAUAUGUGUUUUAUAGCACUUCCCUUCACUCUAUGUGAAAAAGCAGAAUUAUAACAAUGCAUGCAGUUGGCAAUGUAAAAAAAAAAAGCUGUUUGUAAAAAUUUGUAAUGCACCAUUCCAGAAAUAAGAACAAAAACAAGUAUUUUUUUAUUAUUAUUUUAAAAGGAUGCACAAGUAAUAUGAAUGACUUCAGUGUACAAGACUGAAACAGUAUGUUUUGCAUGAAAUCUGGUUUGUAUUUUCAUCCAUACAAACCCUUUGUUCUAUAUCUUCUGCGUAUGGAUAGAAUUAUGCAGCAGUCUAAUCAGAGCUAAGUAAUAUAGUUUUCAGCAAAACCGUCUUCAAUGUAAAAAUUCUCGUUCCAGUUCAAUAAUUAGAUAAUGACUAAGAAUCAGCAUUAAAACUGUCCCAUAAUACUAGUACAGAAAUACUGUACUCUCUAUCAGUAUUGAAUUAUGCAUUUAUGAGGCAGUCUGUAUUCUUUUUAUUUCUAGGGAAUUUGAUUGGUUCCAUACUUACCCACAUUAAAAAAUCCAGAAGCUUAAUUAAUAGGAUAUCGUAUUCCUUUGAAUUUUUUUUGUUCUCCCUCGUAAAUAAAGAACAUUCUUUCCAUCUAUUUAACAUAAACCAUAAACUGCACAGCUACUUGAGACAAUGGGACUUAAAGGGACAUGAAAACCAAUUUUUCUUUUAUGAUUCAGUUAGAUUGUCCAAUAUUCUUCUAUUACCAAAUUUACUUAUUUCUCCUGGUACUCUAAAUUGAAAAACUGGUAGGUGAUGUCAGGAGCGUGCACAUGUCUUGGGCACUAUUUGGCAUUAGUUAUGCAAGAAAUGCUUUUAACAAUGUAAUACAUUGUGAAAACACUGCUGCUAUCUAGUGCUCAAAAUAAUUAUUGCAUAACUGCUGCUUUAUAGUUCUCCAGACACGUGCACAUUGCCUACUUAGGUAUUCUCUUUAACAAAGAAUACAACCACAAAGAAAAUGAAGUAAACUUGAUAAUAAAAGUUAACUGGAAACAUAUUUUUAAACAAAUGUAUACCCUAUCGGAAUAAUGAAAGUAAUAUUUGGUGUUUCGCAUAUCUUUUAACACUAUGGUAUUAACUGUAUUGCAACCAGUUAAGUUCUAUGCAUUAAGCAUAUAAAGAUACUUGUAUAAAAAUAUAUAAUUUUGUAAUUUACGCUCACUAUUUUAUGUAAUUAUGUGUAUAUACCCGUUUUCUUUGUGUUAAUAUUUAACAUAGUUAUAUAAUCUUUAGACAGUGCUCUAUAAUAGUAUUCAGGGGCACUUGUAUGUAGGAGCCCAACUGAUCUAUUUAUUAGAGUAUUUCUGAGCCAUUUCCUACAGUUAUUAUAUAUACAUGACUAAGGUCCUUGUGUUGAUGUUGCUUAAAUGUGUUAUUGAAAAAGAAUUUAUAAACAAUAUUUUACUUGUGUUAUACAUAUAUAUAGGUAUAUACAGUAGAUAUAUAUUAUCAUCAACAUAUGAAUAACACAAAAUUGCUACGUUAAAGGUUAAAAAAUUGCAUUCUAAAAUCAACACCAGUAUUUUCAUUGUGGAUUGGGAAGGGAUCCAACCCAUAGUUAUGUAAACUGUUAGAUAUUCUCUCGAAAACAAUAGAUUUGUUCUGUUCCAGUGGUUUAGUCAAAACGUUGUUAAACCCUGUGACACUAACUCAAAUACAGUGUAGAUUUUCUACAUUUCCAGUUUGAUAAACAGUUGUGUAUUUUUCCACAAACAUGUGGUAAAUAAGAGCAUAUUUUGCUCCAAUAAAAAAAAAACAAGUCUA